UACCUGAUUUCUUUGCUGGUUUAAUUUAUAUUGCUAGGACUUUCAAAUAUGAUGCCGCACUUGUGUCGGAUCCUUCAAAAAGACACUACUUCUAAGGGAUCUGAGACGCACCCGCUAACGUUAUUCUGAAACAUGGAACAAAAAUCAUUGGCUUGUGUUUAUAUUGAAGUGUUUAUAAAAUACUCCUUGGUGUGUUUAUUUUUCAUAUUUUGAAGUGUGAAUGGUGAAAACACAUCUAAAACAUCCCGAUCUUUUGAGUAGUCAUACCUGACGAUCAGCAGGUUGAAAAAUCACAUGCCUAAUAGUUCAUGUCUAAAACUAAAAAGAUAGAGAAACUUUAGGGGUGUGUCUGACCAUUAACUCUACUUUAAACCCACUCAGUGAAAAUUUUGAAUCCACUCCGGGUGGGAAUGAGUAGAGUGGAUGUAUAGGUAUGCAGCCUUCACUUUGCAUUUAUGCGUGAAGGCAAUUAGGGUUUCCCAAACAAGUGAUCUACAAGUUUUCAAUAGCCAUAAAAUGGAUACAAAUGAAACUGCACUCGAUCAACAAAUUGAUCGCAUUCAGUCCCUCGAGGAUGAGGUUUUCAAUAGCCAUAAAAUGCCUGAGAGUACAGUCAAUCAACAACAACUUGAUCACAUUCAGUCCCUCGAGGAUAAGGUUUCCGAUAGCCUGGAAAUGCAUAUAAGUGCACUCAAUCAACAACAACUUGAUCACAUUCAGUCACUUGAGGAUGAGGUAUACGUAUGAUGUUGCACUUCCUAGUAUCUUACCAUAAUUUGUUUUGUUCACUUCUUUUUGUACCUGAUGGAGUCCUACAUCAGUGGGUUAAAGGUUCCUUGGUAUCCUUACAUGGUCUUGGGUCAGAGGCAAAGCUAGGAUUUCAAUUAAGGGGGUUCAAUAUUCGAAGAAAACCUAGCCAAAGAGGGUUCAACACCUAUUAUAGUUACAUAAAAAUAAUUUUAACCAAGUAUAAAUGGUGUAUUUUUUUGUCGAAGGGGUUCAGCCGAACCCCUUAACAAGGCCUGGCUCCACCCUUGUCUUGGGCAAUCCUCCCCUCAUGAGCUAGCUUUAAGGUCCAUUUCUUUAUCAUGUUAUCAGAGUCAGGUUCACCCAAUUCAUUUGUUUUCGAUUCCGAUGUUGGACCCCCAUCUUAUAUUGUCCACGCUCUAGACGUGCGGGGGUGUUGG